UUCAAUUCUCGAUUGUGUGUCAGCAGCACAGCCAGAGCAGCUGCAUCAGUCGCUCUCGCAUCAGGUGCGUGUUGUAUCCAUCCCUCGUCUCGCGCGCGCGCCUCUAGUUCGUCCGAGCCUGUGUAAUAGAACAACGAUAAACAUUCUAUAUCGUUAUUAAAUUGUAAAAGUGAAGUAUACGCGCAAAGUGAUCGGGUGGGGUGGGGGGGGGGGGACAAAAAGUAAAUAUAGAACACUCUCGUCAGUGGGGGCCCGAGGAUGCCCGCCAACAAGUCGAACCACAGCACGCCCAGCAAGGAGAACAACAACAACAACAACAACGGCAAGCAGCCUAUAAACGGGCGGAAGAAACGCUCGGCUAACCUCAAGCACAAGAAACACUCGAGGACCUAUCUCCAGCAGUACUCAGUAGCGGCGACAUCAGCAGUAGCGACAGAGCCACGGAGUCAGCAUCGGGUCGUUUCUCGUCGAGGAAGCCUCGUCAUGAUCGGCUCUUUUUGGAACCUCUGCCGCGCGUGCCCCGCCAUGCCGAUAGACAAGCUCCACUCGGAGUACAGGAGCACGUACACGUGGCACGAGUACACGGGGCCGAAUCAGGAGCACACCGUGGUGCGAAGGGCACCUCAGGCACCGCCGACGAAAGACGCGGGGGGCGCAAAACUGCAAUCAGCCAAGUCCAUCGAGGAUGAAAAUAACGAAGGGACGAGUCUGGAGCCGCCACUGCCAAGGCGGAAGAAGUGCCCGGAGCUGGCUUACAGAACGCACGAGUUCAUAUCGUCAGCCGCUCAGCAACAUGCCAAUAUCCAGGCGGCCGAUGGAGGCGGCCUCGUGGGCGGCGGCGGCGGUGGUGGGAUCGAUGCCCUCGACUCCAAUGUCGUAGCUGACAAAGUUAGAGAGGUGACGAAGACACUGCCAGCCUCGCAGUUGAGCAAAGCGAUAACCCGGAUAAGCACCGAGUACAGAUUGCAGUUCGCUUGGCCGCGUCGGCAGCAGCACCAGCUGACAAACGGCGAGAUAAUAGCCCACAGCAAGGACGAAGCUCUGAGCAACGAGCAACAGCAGGUGCCCAGGAAGUCCCUGAGUAUGGGUGCGCUGAAGCAGGGCUCGAUCAUGGCCGCGGCGCCGGCGCCCGUCCACAAGAAGCGCCAGCACGCCGCGAUCGAUCACAGACGGGACGGCGUGCAGGCUUCGGAACUGGAGCCGCUGGUGCGGAUGGACGGCGCGCUUCCGGAGGCCGACGAGCAGGACGAGCUCGACGCGGUGGAGCUGAAGCUGACGCUGAAGAAGUCCGGCAACCGAGCCGUCAGGAUAGCCGAGCAGCCGGGAGGACCUAUCGGCGGCGAGUUCAGGAAGACUCAGGAGAGGCCCUUCUCCGCCACGGAAGUGAUCGAGCUCAGACGCGAGCUCAAGCGACUCGCCGACGAGUACAAGCACCGCGACUGGGGCGGCGGAAUGGCGACCGAGGACGAGGCGACGCUGUGGAAGCGCGUGUCGAACAAUCAUGCGCUGAACGCGCUGUCGCUGGCCAGGUCGGCCACCAAAGAGGAGAAGGAGAAGGAGAACACGAGAAAGGUCGGCCCAGCCGCGGCUGUCCAGGCAGCUCAAGUCGCACCGGCCGGCAGGCCGUCCUCGGUGCAGGCACACGCACGACCGCUGCACCAGACGCUCACCGCUGAGGACGUCAAAGCCGAGGACAACAGAGCCGCGCUAGCCCGGCUCGCUCGCAAGGACUUUUUCAUACGCCAUCAUCUCGACCGGACGACGGGUGCUGCUGACGGUGCACUGCUCCCCUCUCCGACGAGAGAGAAGCUGGAGCCCGUGAUGCCCCGGCGCCGAGACGAGAACCAGCAGCAGACGGAUACUCAGCCGCGCUCGAAGCCCAGCCCGAAGAACAGUCCGCGCAGCGCGCGUUCCCAGAGCGUCGGGCCCAGCGUCGUUGAGCGUCGCUCGCCCAAACGUCAUCCUCAGCGUCCGCCAUCCGUUGCUAAGGAUCUCAAGGAGAAGGAGAAGGACAAGGAGAUGAGGGAAAAGAGCUCCGAGCGCGAAAGGCAUCCCCGACCGAGCGCAGUCUCGCGUUGGAAGACGAAUCGAGCGUCGUCGUCCGCAAGCACCGGCCCGAGAUCGAGAAGCGAGUCGACGACUCGUCUGCGCAGAAGACCCUAUUCUACUGCAUCGACGGCUUCAUCCAAACCCUUCCUCGCAACCAAUGCUCCUCCCCAUCGCCCUGCUCAUCAUGCAAAGCCCAUCAGUACAUUAGCGGGUAGCGCGAACUUAGCCGCCGCCGCCGCCGCCUCUCAGACGAGUACCUCCGCGAACGCGAAGUCAGCACAGUCACUAAACGCACAACAAAACGCGCGACAGUCGAUCAGCCGCGUGCAGCCAGCCGCCAGCGCUGCUACUAAGCAGGCGCAGCGUCAACCUGCUGCCUACUCCAAAACGCCCCUAAGGCAGCCGCAGCCGCAGCCUACUAGUCAAGCCGGCCAAGCUACUCUGGCGGCUCGUUCCAGCGGAGUCAGCAGCAGCAGCAGCGAACGGCGUCAGCGGCGUCCAGUCUCCGCACCAGCAGGUAUCCCAGGCAGUCGAGUCACCGCAUCCACCGCAGCCUGGGUGGAUAGACGACGAGCCUGUGGUAAAGAGCCCGCCGGAACCGACGCGCGUCAAGUCACCAGAACAGAUGAUAAUGCGCUCGCCCGAGCCCGUCAACUGGACCGUACCCCUCGACACCGGCAAGACCUUCACUGUCACUCAAAACGUCCGGGAGGGCGAGCCGCCGACGCGAGCGCACAGCGAAGCAAGGAGUUGGGCCGGAUUGGGUCCGCAGUCCGCGGCCCCGGAUCUGCAAAAGCAGUUAAAACUGACGGAGCACAAACAGCAGCAGCAGCAGCAGCAGCAACAACAGCAGUCGGGCUACAAGUCGCCGGAGAGCGAGAGCGUCUCGCUGGGCAGCUUCAGCGGGACCAACGGCCACAAGGAACAGGAGGACUCGCUGGCCGAGAGGGACAGCCCGCUGGCAACGAUAGUCAAGGAUGAGAUGUCGCAGGAAGCACCGCACUGUCUGGAAGAGCCGGUCUUUGAAUUCGAAUCCAAAACCAAGAUGGAGGGCAGCGACGCAGGGACUGCGUCACAGCCAGCAGCAGCAACAGCAGCAGUUCCACAGGAGCAACACGCUACCGAUCUCCUCGAGAAGGCGCGCAAUCGCUUCGACAAAUUCUGGGGCUCCGGAAAAGGCUCAGAGCAAUAAUAAAACCAGCUCCUACUCCUCCUCCUCCUAAACUCUCUCUCUCUCACUAUCUCACUACUAUCUCUCACUCUCUACUACUGUUCCCGCCCCCCAAGUCCCCCUUCGCCCCGCGACCCACUCAGUGGUCCCUCUUUAUUGCCGAUCUACGAGUAACGAAACACCACUGACGAUUUAAAAUGAUGAUGAUGAUGAUGAUGAUGAUGAAAAAAAAUUAAUAAUAUUACAUCCACGAGAGCACGCUCCAUCCAGUUAUCCACACGUCCAUAAAAGCGUUCAAGCAAAUAUUACAAAACAGCCAAACGUAGAUCAUGAGCCAGCGAUUACAAACAAUACACACAACAAGAGACAAGACUCUGAUUAUUCUUAUCUUAUAUUAAUUCAUUGAUUAAUUAUUAUUAUCGUUAUUGCUAUUAUUGAUAUUAUUAUUAAUAUCAUUGUUAUAUGGUUACGAUUAUACUUAUAUAUACUGUUUAUUGCUAUUGAUUAUUAUUUUAACGGAACGACAUUCCGACACGGACUUUUAAAAUAUUUAAUCCGGCUCUCGCUCGAAAGUUACGCGCUCGAUGUUUAUAUAAUCAAAUCGACAAAAUCAUGAACAAAAUGUAGACUCUAACCGUACCGACAAAAUCAAAGCGAACAAAAAUUACGAAAAAAAAAAACUUUAAAAAAAACUGAACGGAAGACUUUCGAGCCAAGUGCCUGGAGCUGCCCCGAGAGCUUUCGGCGCUCUUACUCUCUUCUUCGUUUUAUAUACGUAGACUUAUACUCUUGCGCUUUUGCUUGUGAAUGAUUUUCUUAAUUUACGUUUUUGUACAUUCCUCUUUCUUUACCUAACUGUGACCGUCAUCACUGUCCUCUAGAAUUUUCUCGCGAACAUUUUGUAUCUCGCGAGCCUACACUGCCCGUUCGAACUUUGUGAAGUAAAACAACCAUGCUUUCGUUCGAUUCCGGACACUCUUGGAUUUUAUCGUUUUGAUACUUGACGGCGUGCUCUUUGUAUACGCGAAACUUAGCUUUUUUACUCGAAUGCGAUUUUGAGAUUGUACGACGACUCGGGCCUACAGAAUUGAAUGACAAUUCAGACAGCUGCAGCGCUGAGGGUGAUUCCUUUUCUUUCGAGUUUCACACACGGCAAGUUCGAGGCGUUUUCGUCGGCGGCGAUUUCGAAAAAGUCAACUAGCUGAAAACAGCUAUUAUAAAGCCUCUGUACGAUUAACUGCUCACGGAUACAUACGCAAUAAUUUGAUUGUCUUCCAGUAUUUUUUUAACCACGUAACGAUUAAAAAAUAAAUUUCGUCCAUGAUGAGUGAAUUUCGUGAGCGAGGAGAGCGCCUUCGAACUUGCGAUUUCGUUCUCUAGUCAGAAGUGAAGGGGAGGCUUGAUAUGCGUUCGAAUCGAGUGACUCGAUGAGAAACCGUCUGUUCAACGUACGCGAUACACGUUAUAUGAUUUUCCGCGUGCGUAAGUCGGAACCAAAAACGAAAAAUCAACAAGUCACGGAAAGAAGAGAUUAAGAGCGCAAUAACUAGAGUGUUAGAGGGCCACGUAAGAUUUGGCUGUGUAGAAAUGCCCGGGUAAAACUUAAAAUACCAAACCAAAGAAACAAAGUGUGAUGCAACCGUUAUUAUAAUCGUUAAGAGAAUAAAACUAACAGUACACAAACGUGGGAGAUAAAAAACCAUAGUAAAACCAAAAAAAAGCAUCAUGUGCGAGGUGGCGCGUGUGUGUCCGAAUAAAAAGAAAACAAAACGAGAGGAGAAUAAAAGAGCGACGCGUUUUGUAUCCACGAAUUCAAACGAAGCGAGAAGAGAGAGAGAGAGAGAGAGAGGGAUCGAAAACUGAUUAAAAGACGCGCGAGGGAGAGAAUUCACGACAAAUUGAUAUAUAUGUGCAGCUGUGUAUGUCGAGAGAGGCGGAAAAAUAUGAAAGGAAACAGAAAAGAAGAGAAAAAUAAAAAAAGAGUCUGAGGCUACCCGGGAUUUCGUUUGCAUUCCCGCCUUAGUCUCUGCGCCUAAUUAUAAAUAGAUAGACCGCAUUAUAUUACCGUAUUACAAAUAUGUCGAUUAUAUAUGCGAGAUAUUAAUAAAUAUAUAUUAUAUAAUAUAUAAAGAGUGACGAGAGCGAGCAGAUUUGAGCAGACUUGAGAUGUGCGAGGGAUGAUGAUGAUGAUGAUGAUGAUGAGAACGCUGAGGAUUUAUAGCAUAUACGCAUACGAGCGCGCAUGAGCGGAAGCGUUUUGUCGUGUGCGCGUUCAACAAGUUUUUUUUUCGUUUCGUUCUUUCGACGCGAUAUAUCCAACAUACGUAGAUUAGACUCUGUAUUUACACUACUUCGAUGUGACUCAUUGUAACGAACGAAAGAAACAAAAAACGAAAAAAAAAAAACAAUUAAACCGGUGGGAACGAAUAUGAGAGAGAAAGAAAGCGCGUGAAGGUGGCACAACGAAAGGUUUGUUACGAAAAGCCUUUGUAUAUAUUACGAUAAUACGUGCGUGUGAUAAUGUGUGCGCGUAUAUCGGGGGGGUGGAGGAAAGUAACUUCAAAGCCGAGAUCACGAUUCGAUGUAGAGAGCAAGUGUGUUGUUGAGCCCUGUUCCCUCUUAUAGAGCGUAGUUGUCGUAGUAGACGGAAGGAGAGAAAGUUUGAUGUCUUGUAAAACGAUAUAAACAUUUUUUACGUAUAUAAAAACGAAAGCGAGCCGCGCGCGAGAAUUGGAUGGGUGACGUUUUGCGACCUGCCAAGAUAUACAAAUGAAUUUCUCAGAGAUUUGUUGCCUUUUGCUUUCGUUCGUUAAGUAUAGUACCUUUACUCGCGGCUGACUUAUAAACGAAUUUGAUGGUUUUUCGAAUUUCCGUCGGCAGUUGUUAUCUAUUCCAUGAUUUUUAUUGUAUAUAUGUGUGGCGAGAGUAUUAUUGACGAUAUAUUAUAGUAUAUGUAUUUUAUACGCUAAUUUUAACUAUGGUUGGAUAUUUUUCAAACCGCACCUCUUUUGAAGUAUCUCGCGUAUACGAGCAUUUUUCAAUAGAGAUUUUUACACACGAGAGACACGUGUAGCGUUGCGAUUUUUUUUUUUUUAUUAUUUCUACAGUGUGUAGUAGCGAUAUAUACGUAAUAACUGUCAUUCAUGAAGAUAUGACGAGACGAUGUACGCGAACGUUGUGUUGACGAUUGUUUAUCGAAUUUCCUAUAAAAGAAGAGAUGUAAAUAGUUAUAGUCAAGGCACUUGAGCUCGCGGUUGUCGGGGCGAUUAGCAAAGUUUAACGUGUAUAUAAUACAAACCGAUACGUACUGAAAGUAAAACGGAGUGAACCAGCUGAAAAACUAACGAAAGAAAGAAUCGAGUAUCGCGUCGAAGCGUCACCCAUUCGCGUGUCAGCCCCCCGUUUUCGAACACUGUAUCGUUAUAUGAUUUGUAGUGAAAUCGAAAAAAAAAAAAAA